AUGUGGCAGCAAAAAUCUGAUAAGGAGAAAGGAGAAACUAGUCAAGUGAACAGGAUAGGUGAGGAAGGAAAACCAGGAAAAUAUGAGGUUUAUGUGAUGCCAAGUGAGGUUACACCUAGCAGAACUGAAAGUCUUGUGAAGUCAACUGAAACUAACGAAGAAGAUAGGAUUUGGACAGUAGUGCUGAAAGGUAAUAAAGAUACAGUUUCUUUCUUUCUCUCUCUUCAAUUGCGGAACCCAAACACCACGACGGAGCCUCCGACCCGAAUCGGACGAGUUGAGUCCAGCUCCGACCACGUUCACGUGCUUCCUCUUCAAUCGCAUUUCGCUCCCAUUUUCUUCUUCUCAUUUUCGCUUUCCACACCGAAUCUGUUUGGGAUUUUAGGGUUCUGA